UAUACCUAAGGACCCCACUUCCGUCUGUUACGACACUGGGCGCACCAUCAUUAAUUCUGAAAAAUACUCAAGUCUUAUUAACUCUUUUAAUUUUAUCCAUCUUUCAAUCAUUGAAUACAAGUAAUAAACCAGGAAUGCUAGAAGUUAUUUAGGAUGAUGAUGGGGUUCAAUUUGCUAUCAACCUAGAGAUUAGUAAUAUCUAAAUCACUAGUAAUCUCAGAAUACAACUGACAAGAGGUACGAGUAUGCGAGAGAAGACAAGUGAUGAAAAGCACAUAAAACUAGUAAUGACGAAAUUUGCCAUUGCCAGCUAAUUUGCCUACCGUCACGCAUUGCGUGCUUAAAAGAAAAAGGGAAACGGUCCAUUCCGUUUACGCAGUUGGAAUCAUGUUUCAAUCGAUGUUGCAAUUUUCCAUCUUUAACGAUUCGAAAUGGCUGUGGAACUGUUAUGGCUAAUCUCCUACACUAUAGCUGCGAUUUUUGUUAGUUGUUUCGGCUGUAUUCUCUUUUUUCUUGCAUAUUUGUACUACGUGCACAGAAGAGUUGCUCAUAUACCUGGUCCACCUCGCUCUAGUUUCAUUUUGGGCAACAUUCCAGAGAUUUCAAAGUACCAAACUCUAACUAGUAAAACGUUGCCCGAAUAUUUGGUGGAAAAAAGGUUUGAAUAUGGUCCAGUCUUUGUUAUAUUUUAUGUACAUAGGGCUGUAGUAUAUUUAGGCGAUCCAAACGAUUUGAGACAUGUUUACAUAAACAAUAAUAAGAUCUUGUGCAAAAGUGAUUUUAUUUGGCAUAAGAUCGGUUUUAUUUAUGGUGAGAGAGGAGGUGGUUUUGGACUUGUUACCAAUACAGACCAAACUUUAUGGCGCAAGCGAAGGACACUCAUGAAUCCAGCUUUUCAUCGAAAAUGCUUGAAAGAUUUUAUGAGCAAUUUCAAUAAUGUUUGUGAUAGAUUUUUAGCCCACAUGGAAACGGUUUCUGAUUGUGGUAAACCGAUCAGUAUGGUACAGGAGUUUGCGAAAGUAACUUUGGAAGCAAUUAGUCAAGUAUCUUUUAAUAUUAAUACCAAUGCUAUUGAGCUGCCAGAUUCACCUUUCCCAGAUGCAGUACGAAACUAUCUACAAGGUGUACAAGACAAUAUUAAUAUCCCAUUGAACUCCACUCUCCUGGCAUUGUUUCAAUUUAAACUGUUUCAGAAUGAGAACAUAAAAAGGCAAAUUAGUGCAGCUCAAUUCCUCCGUAAAUUUGCCAAUGAUUGCAUCACUGCCAGAAUGAAGGACAUCGCAGAUGGAAAAGUUGUUCCUGAUGAUUUGUUAAACAUUUUGAUUAAAGAUGAUAGUUUGUCAUUAGUUGAUAAAAUUGAUGAAUUCAUAACCAUUUUUAUUGCUGGCCAAGAAACAACUGCAAAUACACUGUCAUUUGCACUAUAUGAAAUCAUUUGCAAUCCUUGCAUUGAAAAAAAGCUUCUUAAUGAGGUUAACGAGGUGCUUGGUGAGUGUGAUUAUGUUGAGUUUAAUGAUUUGGCAAAGCUGAAAUAUCUUGGUCAAGUUUUUGAUGAAAGUUUGAGGAAAUUUCCUGUAGUUUCAUCUCCUUCAAGAUCCUUAAUGAAGGGUCUUACAGUCGGAGGAUAUUAUAUCCCUGAAGGAGUUGGUAUUGAUAGUUUGCAGCUGUUUUUUGGUAUGAAUCCUGAAAUUUGGAAAGACCCAGAAGUUUUCAACCCUGAUCGAUUUGCUAAUGUUGAAAACAUGCCAAAUUUUACCAUGACUCAUUUCCCUUUCUCACUUGGUCCUCGAAAUUGCAUUGGACAGACAUUUGCAAAGUUUGAGUCAAAAGUAAUCAUGGCAAAACUGCUGAGGAAGUUUCAGUUUCGGCUGCUACCUGGUCAGACUGAUCGAAUGGAGGAAAGACUUACCAUGACUCCAAGAGAUGGUGUAAUGUGUGAAGUUGCUAAACGGAAAUAUUAGCUAUGGAGGUGCAGAGUGCUCUGGGAUCUGUGAAUUAAAGACUUCCAUUGUCAGUGGACAUUAUCCACCACAUAGAUCUGUUGGAAAGAAUUGAUCCCUGUUUCUUGGGACUAAAAUGAAUCUGGCAAAUUAACAUGUACACUUAAUCCCAUGUGGUAAUCCACUUUAGUCUUUAUGUGUAAUUAAUCUGAGCAGUUGAGGCAAUAAUUAGACUUCUUCAUGGAAUUCAUGUAUAUUCGCUUCUAUUCAAUAACAAAAGAUCGUAGGCCCCUGCCCCUGGAAAUUAUUAACGUUGCGUUUUUUUU